GUCCGGAUGGCUUGUCACCUUUCGAAGCACAUUAAUAUACAGACAGGUGACGUCUGGUUCUUCUAACGAUUACAGCAACGGUCCUCUCCCUCAACCCCUGGAUUUCGGAUAUAUGGAUGGAAUACUACGAGACGCACUUUGGAAACUGUUUGCUGCGAUUGGAAAACAAGAACCGGGGGGUCAUUACCUGGACUGGAAACCAAAAAAAGUGAAACCAAGAACUCUAAAAUCAUACAGAGCAUUCAAAAGUCAAAUUACAAACGGACUUUCUGCCUUCUAAAGCUGUCCAAGGCAGCUUGCAGCGUUUGGAGGAGGGAUGUAGCGAAGACCAUACGGAAAGAGGUGUCAUCACUCUGUAAAACAACGAACCUCUUUCCAGAUUACAAGUCCAAGGAUGAGUUUAACUGGACAGUUAUUCUUGAAAGAGUCAAGUCGAUUGCACCAACGUUCUUUGCUGCCUGCUUGGCAUCUAUAUCUAAACAUAAUUCGUCCAGCAAGUUCCAGAAUCUUCAGACAAGCAGAUUGGGAAUGAUGGUGUUGAUACCAUUAUACCAUAGAAAACCACGCCUGCAUAGGGCACUUCCCGUAUCUGUGGCUUCUGCACUGUGGAGAUGUGGCACAAAAGGAAAGUUCAUCACAUGUGCUUUUGUUGUGGGAUUUGCACUGCAAAUCAUUAAAGACAUGCCAACUGCUACAACUCAAGACAUCGCUGGACAGUUCACUUCUUCAAGUACAACUCGAGACAUCGCUGCCCCGUCGACUUCUUCAAGUACAACCCAAGACAUCGCUGGACCGUCCACUUCUUCAAGUACAACUCGAGACAUCGCUACCCCGUCGACUGCUUCAAGUAUAACUCGAGACAUCGCUGGACCGUCCACUUCUUCAAGUAUAACUCGAGACAUCGCUGGACCAUCCACUUCUUCAAGUACAACUCAAGACAUCGCUGCCCCGUCGACUUCUUCAAACCCAUGCCUGUCUGCGGUAGCAGAGGAAGUGGUGCGUCAGAUUUGGCAUCAGAUCCCCAUGAAUAGAGUGGCUGAUGUCGUGAACGCGACCGCAGAGGGCCGUGAUGACCAACUGUGCUUCUGCAAGGAAGAUAUCGAGGAUGCCCAAAUGGUGGAGUGUUCCAACUUUGAUUGCGAGAACGGGAAAUGGUUCCAUGCAGAAUGUGUGAUGAACCCAAGCAUAGAUGAGACUGAGUGGUACUGCACUCCUGAAUGCGGGAGAUCAGAUAAUGGGCUCUACUGCGUCUGCAGAAGGAAAAACGGAUCUCUCACUUGGCAGUGUGGAAACCAAGAAUGCGAACGUGGUCUAAAGUUCCUUCAUAGAUGUGUGAGAUCAACACUGCCUUUGACACAAGCCAAUUGGUACUGUUCUGAAGAAUGCUCAAAAGUGGCAGGAGAGAAUAAAAUAACCGAUGGACUCCUGGAGUACUUCAAAAGGUGCACUUGGCAGUGUCUAUACAGCGAGAGCAUUCGAGAUGCAGAGAGGGAGGCCGACGGUGUGGCACUCAUGCGGUAUUGGAGGAUAUCAAUGCCCGAAUUCUACCGACGAGGGCACAACAAAUACGUUGCUGUUGGCCAUCGCAUGCUAUCAGAUCAUCAGCUCACCUGUAAAGCUUGGAUGAGUAGCAGCCAGAUCAUCACCUCACCUGCAAAGCUUUGAUGUGUAUCAACUAGAUCAUCAGCUUAGCUCACCUGCAAAACUUGGAUGCAUAUCAACUAGAUAGAUCAGGACAAGUCAAGGAUGUCUCAAUGGAGGGGAUCAGAUGAAGAAUGUCAACAUUAAAAGUCUAAUUAUGGUUUCAAAUGAAAGUCAUUAUCACAAGGGAGG